AUGGGCUUGCUAUUGACGAGGAAAACUUGUGGAUGUGUUCUUUGAAAUAUUGCUUUGUAAAGUUUCUGGUGUAAAUUGUAGAUUUCUGCCUCAAAAGCUAUAGCUGUUUUUGGGUUUAAUUCUAAGCUCUGUUUUGAAUAAUUUAUAGAACAAGUCUGGGAUUUUUUAAGCUCUUUGGGUUUUUAUUUCUAUGCUGAAGCAGAUCGAUUAUUAGAAAUUUUUGCGACCGUUUUAGUAUACCGUAAGCUAUAAAUGGAAAAACUUAAAGUCAAAGAAUCUUUGUAUUGAUUUCUAUAUGCGAUUCAAUUUGAUAUCGAUCGGUUUGAAUGAAAAUUUUCCCAAAUCUGACUCCAAUCCGUUUUGGAGUCAGAUCAGAGCCUGUGUAAGUCAGAUUCGGAGUUCCAUCAUUUCUUGCAUACCGACUCCGGCUCAGCUGGUGCUCUGCCUUAGGUUCUGGGACUCUGGCUCUACAGUUGCUGAGAAGAGGCGGGAAAAUGGAGUAAUCUAAACUGAAAGACAACUCUAAGCUUAGUUACCGUUGAAAGUGAAACAGCAGAAAACAUGAAAACCAAUUGCUUAUCUUGGGUUUUCUCAGGAGCCAGACGGCUAUGAAAGAUUUAUUUGCAGAAGUGCAAUGCAGUAAUGAAGGUCUCCAGCAUCAAGCAAGUCAAGGAAUAACUGGUCUGAAUUCAAGGAGAGCUUGAGUGAUAAGAAAAGAGAAGCAGAUGUGGAUACGCUGUGGAAAAUCUCUUUGGCACUUAGAAGCCUUGAGACAAUCCUCUAAGUCUCCAUGUCUUUUCUCACUUUUCUCUCCCUACUCGGAUACGCCUCACAGGAAGUCCAAGCUUGCACCUUUACAGGAGAGGAAAAUGAUUGAUAGGUUCAGGCUAAAUGCUAAAGGAGGUGAUGGCGGCCAUGGUUGUUCCAGCUUUCGCCGUAGCCGGCAGGUUCGUCGUGGCAGACCUGAUGGUGGUAGUGGUGGAAGAGGUGGUGAUGUGAUUUUGGAAUGUUCCCCCACAGUUUGGGACUUCAGUGGUUUGCAACAUCACAUUACGGCAAACAGAGGUGGACCAGGAUCCUCAAAGAAUAUGAUAGGAACCAGAGGGGAAGAUAAGGUUGUCUACGUACCUGUUGGCACUGUGAUACAUCUUAUAAAGGGUGAAAUUCCUUCCAUUGUUAAAAAUCAUUCUUCAACAGAUUUGGAUCCGUGGGAGAUUCCGGGUACACUUGUCGAUGGCAUAUCUGAAUCAAAUCAGGCAUCUACCUAUAAUGACCCUAACAUGGCAGCUGAAGUUGAAUCAUUGCUCCAUACUGGUUGCUCAUCAGAUCAAAAUGGAGGCACUCUAGAGAUAUUGCCAUGCAGAAAGCAGACAACUCAAGGUGCAUCGACCAAUGCUCUUCCUCAAUUGUCUCCUCGCAAUCAUACAUCCAAAGUUUGCAAGAAAGAAGAGAUGGAGGAGACAGAACAAAUGCAAUACAAUGUUGCAGAAUUAACAGAACAAGGUCAACGAGUUAUAGUUGCUCAAGGAGGGGAGGGUGGUUCAGGCAAUGUUUGUACUUCCAGAGUUCCAAAUAAGCUCAAAUCCAUAAUGCCUGGGGUUGACAAGGAUAAAACCAUCGAUGUUGAAGUAUCUGAUGAUGAUCAGUACCCUCGUAGUGAGGGCUUGCCUGGUUCUGAAUCUAUUCUUGAGUUAGAACUCAAGAGUAUUGCUGAUGUGAGCUUCGUGGGGAUGCCUAAUGCUGGUAAAAGUACUCUACUAGGUGCUAUAUCAAGGGCGAAGCCCUCUGUAGGGCAUUAUGCCUUCACAACUCUAAGGCCUAAUCUGGGGAAUCUGAACUUUGAUGACUUGUCAAUCACGGUUGCUGAUGUUCCUGGACUCAUAAAGGGUGCCCAUGAGAAUCGUGGGCUUGGACACGCAUUCCUGCGCCACAUAGAACGCACGAAGGUUCUGGCCUAUGUGCUAGACUUAGCUUCUGCAUUAGAUGGUAGAAAGGGUAUUCCGCCAUGGGAACAGCUGAAAGAUCUUAUCUUAGAGCUUGAAUAUCAUCAGGAGGGUUUAUCUGGUCGACCAUCUUUAAUAGUGGCAAAUAAAGUUGAUGAGAAUGGGGCUGAAGAAGUGUAUCGAGAAUUAAAAAGAAGGGUCCCAGGUGUUCCAAUUUUUCCCGUAUGUGCUGUUUUGGAGGAGGGAAUAGCAGAGCUGAAAACUGGUCUUAAAGGGCUCGUGAAUGGUGAAAUUUCUUGCAGACUCAGUAUAGAUGAAAUGUUGCUUGAUUAGGUACUUGCUGAUAAAUGUCCUUCGCUUCUUAAGAGCGCGCCACCCCCCCCCCCCCCCCAAAAAAAACAAAAAACAAAAAAAAAGUAAAAAGUAUCUUGGGCGGCUACCACCAAUAAAAUAUUUUUUUUAAAAAAAAAACAGAAGCUAAGCUGCCACCAAGUCACCAACCCAACUGCCAACAUUUACUUAGAAAAUGCAGAAAAAUAUGCGUUGGAUACCUCCAUGAUCUUCUCUUCGGUUGAGUUUCAGUGUGAAUUGUGGAUGUUUUCAGAAGACGCAGAAGCAUGUAAUUUUGAAUGCUUGAAGAUUCUUUCAUACGGGCACAGGGUGAACAGAAAUCUUCAGUUCUCAAAAUUUCUGGCUUUUUACCAGUUGAGGAUUUCUAAAAGAGGGAUAUAUAUAUCCUUGAUUUUGUUGAUCUUCGUAUGAAUAACUGGUUCUAUGGAGAUCCAAUUAUCUGAAUAUCUUUUCUUAAUUUGUUGAUAGUGUUUGAUAUAUGCAGGUUGAACACAUAUCCCCAACUUAUUAUUACUAUAAAAUCAACUUAAUUAAGGGCAA